AUGAAGCCUCUCAUCGUAUUUGUCUUUCUCAUCUCUUGGAACCCAGUGCUGGCAGGCUUGAAUCCAAUAUCAUCAGAAAUGUACAAAAAAUGCUAUGGAAAUGGUACCUGCAGACUUGAAUGCUAUGCAAGUGAAAUGUUAGUCGCUUAUUGUAUGUUUCAGCUGGAGUGCUGUGUCAAAGGAAACCCUGAUCCUUGA